GGUCUACAGCAGGCAACGCUGGAAGGUCAGUUACGAUUGAAUCGUUACUGAGAGUGGCCGUUCACGUGCCGUUUACACAGUGGGUCAACGUUCGCGACAUUUGCCAGUGUGUUUGAUGAGUCGUUACAGUGGUGUUUUUAGCUCAGUGAGUUGACCGAUCGGUAUGACUGUGGACGGGGAUGGAUCGUAUGUUUAUCGACUGGCAGGUCGUGCUUAGUGGCAGGGCUCUGAAGCGGGAGUUGGGAUUGCAGUUCUGUACCGGUGUGUUAGCUCGUGAUCUCAUCGUCAUGACGUACCAGCAGCGACGUGAAAGCCCUCUUGACCUCUCGGGGCAACAUGAUUCAUCCCCAUUCGUUUGUAAACCCGUGGAAUAGAAUACUUUCACACCUCAUGCAAAUGAACAGUCAGGUAACUCUCCACAGGGAACCAUCAAAACCGUUUUGUGGUCUGCCUGUAUGUGUAUGGGCUGUAUGUGAUCCAGCGACCUUUUGCCUUUGGGUUUCACAUAUCCUAGGAGGUACAUCCAUUUGUUCCACAGGUGCGUUAAAAAAUGGUAAGAAUAUUAAAGAUAUCCCUUAAGUCCCUUAUGACAAAAGAUUCCUUCCGACAGUAAUGAAAAACUUAUUCAUUGACUACUUCAAGGGUUUUGUUAAAAUUUAAGUUAAACAUCUCAAGCAAAAAUUCAUCUUUGAAGAGUUUUUAAAGAAAAUUCUUUGUUCUUCAACCCCAAACGAGCGUUAUACUUUUGUCGUGCAGUUCAAUUUCUCAACUAUAUGCGCCUCAAAAUCGUUCUUGCACGACAAAUUGCUUGUAAUCUUCAUCAAAUUCAAUUUACCUUGCCAACCGCCACAAUAUCUCACUUCUGUCUGCUCGUAACCCAUCAUACAGCCCCUUACCAACGAUUGCGUGCAGUUCAUUCGACACUUCAUUGUGUUCUUUUAUUUUAUAACGCUCUCACCUUGACGCACACUGUAAACCCAUAAACCGGAUAGCCUGUGCCUAAACCAUUAAAGCCUCGAAAGUUUUCCGAGAAGUUUCACCGAUUUCACUGGUACGACGCACGGUGCACAGACCACCGGGGUCGUAUGUUUGCUUUGGCUGAAACACAAACUGUUUGCUUGCAUGUUCGGAAGUUUGCUUCACAGCCAUGUGAGAGGAAAUGUUUUCUUAUGGAGGUGUUGUUAAAACACGCACACAUACACAUGAGGUGAAAUAUUUAGCUUAAUAAGACGGUACAUGGAAACGAACCGGGCUGAUCUGCUUGUAGCUUAAUAUCUUUAUUUAAUAUUAUGAAGUUUCUGCUGUACAAAAAUGCUUGAAAUAUUUGAAGAACCAAACAGGUUUACUUCAAAUAAUUGAAAUUGAAAAAUUGAAAUUAAAAGUAAAAUUGAAAAUAAAAAUUUCUCCAGAUCACCGCCCUAAAGUAUGCAAUCGAGUGUUGAAUUGCACACAUAGUUAAACAAGACUGUACGUGGAGAUUUAUUUUUGUGUUAUAUACUUUACCAACGCUUAUUUCUGUUCAUUCUUCAUCAUUUCAUUCGCUCCUUUGCUAAACACCACCAUACCUAAGCCAAAGACAUAUAUAACCGGUGUGACCCCCCAUCGGGUCGCAUCGUUUGGCGUUGAUCAUUUAUCAUUAUCAGCAUCCGACGUGUGGAUGCAGAGAUUCCAAACUGGCCUGCCGGUCAACGGCGACAUCCAUGCGAGCAGCCAACCAACAAAAAAGCAUCCCUUCGAUGUACAGGAUGCUUUUGCUGCUGCUCUGCCCGUUUCUACUCCUUACACGGACAUUAAAUAUUUCGCCAAGGUUGUUUCACAUUUUCUUUCACGCUGCACUGCCGCUCAUGCUUUUCCGAUAGAAUGGCCCGCAUUUCGGGGUGGAAUAAUCGAACCAGCGGGACAGAGCACUAACCGCGCACCGCACAAAAUUCACGCCAUUGUGGAUAACAAGAAUUUAUGAGGGCGAUUUAUUUAUGGCUAUGGUACCUCUUUUGUGCCAAUCAAUGCAUGGGAGGGGAGGCCAAACCCAGGACCCAGGAAGCCGGGUGAAAAGAUGAAAACUUAAAUUCUAGAAACAUUGACUGUAUCAUGCUUGCUUGCUUCCGCUAUUUUACGAAACUUUUCAGCAAAGCGUUACACGCUACAGUCGCUCAACCUUUGCUCACAAAAGUUCACAUUUUAUUCACACUUCCGCCAGUGUGUGCAUGUGAGUGUGGGUUUGUGUAAGUGUACACCACGUUACCGGGCAGAGUGUAACUCUUUUAUCAUUUUAAUGUGUACCAUUUCUUGUGGCAUAAGUAACACUAAUGCUGGCCAAUAAAACAACGACACGAUGACCUACAUUGUGAACCUCCCACAGCUUCCGCGACAUAACCAACGAACCUGCACGCGAACCGCCCAAGGAAAGGGCAACCUUCCAAAAUUGUGAGGAAAAACGCGACCACAACAACGAUGGGAACAGAAAGGAACGCAACCAGCAAAACCGGUUAAAAUAAAUGAUCUCAUCCUGUGACUAAAACUUGUAAACUACAGCUCCGACGUUUCGAACAAUGUAGUCGAAGUAUGAGACUCGGCAGAAAAAAACACACCCUAUCGCAAUGCUUUUGCCAGCGGAUAAAAGUUACCACACUUGUUUAUCGGUUAAGCAGACGAAGCUGAGCAAAAAAGAGGCAAUAUCCGCAGGCAGGGUUUUGAAGCAGACUUACGAGAAAGAAAAAAUCUUCUCACUGAGGUUCAUGCACAAGAGAAGAAAAGUUUCAGUUAAACAAGGUGUUUUGCAAGCUUCGAGUUAAAGUAACAUCUUCUUUAGAAGGGCAGCUUUUUUUGUUUCUUUUUUCGCUUUCGAAUGAGUUGUUUUAUGCGUUCUGCAAAACUGCUUUGUAAUGUAAUCGUUGAAUUGCUGCCAGCCUAUCUAGACAACGGCAUCGACACCAUUUUAUUAUUUCCCACAAUGAUAAUUGGUCGAUACAAAGCGAUCCUGCACUGCGAAGGCUAUUUUACCAAACCUCUCCUCCUAAGGGUCAUAUAAAUGUAUCCGAAACAUUUUGCUGACCUUGUUACGCGUAAAAUUUCCCACUGCAAAGUCGAAAGCAAUAAUGCUUUUAUAGCGCAAAUACACCCCAAAAUUAACAUUCAGUUGCCUCGACCCACGGCCAAACCAUUCGCUGAAUAUUCGUUCGGACGUAACAAGGUGUAACAGAUAAACAGAUAGCAAGCGUGGGGGAAUAUAUUCUUCCUUUGCUGGUAAAGAAACAACCAAACCCAUGGGUGGAAAAGUUUUCCCUUUUUCCUCCAUUACUUUCCUGUGCUGUGUGUUGGAGCUUUCUCAUGGUAAAAUUCUUCCAACAUCUAAACUCCAUACUCCAGCCGGGCUGCUUGAAAGCCACCAAGGAAAUGAAGAAAUUUUCAACAAGGCUUAAAAUUGCUUCCUGAGCAUUAGCAACUGAUUGUCCGAGUGGUAUCGAGUGGCGUUUCCGCCAGCUCUUGCACAAGAAGCAAACUCCCGUCCAACUCCAGAACGAGCUCAUUUCCGGUUUCGUUUAACCUUUCCCAUGCGCCCGUAAUGUAUUGUUUUCCAUUGAUGAAAUAAUAAUCUCGGCGAAGGUCAUCACAUGCUACCACCGGUCAGCAGGCUCCAAUAAAAAUGGAUCAUGGUUGCCGGUCGGCCGCAUGGGACAGACGGAAUGGCUGGAAGAUUUGUUCCAUUAGCUGCUGCUGGUAGGAUCCAUCAGUGAAGAUUGGAAAACUUUCUCCAAUGAAAUGAGAAACACUUUGUUUCGUGUUGAGUGAUGAUAUUUCUUGCAGGGUUUUUUUAUACAAACGUUAAUGAGCAUUUGUGAUUGUCUAAUAAACGAUAAAUAAGCAGUUUUAGUAGAAAUUUGCUGCAUGUGACAGUUUGCUUAAAGCUCAGAACAAAAUCCAUCAGUGUGUCCAUUGCUUAUUGCAUACCCUAGGACGUCGUUGCUUCAAAUACUCCUAAAUGUAUGCAAACUGUCUACACCAACUCUACAAAACCCGUUUGAAACAUUCUGUCGUGUAAUUUUCACUAGAAUAGUGCGAAAACUUUGCUACACGAACAUUUCGCCCCUAAACCAAAACACUCUCGGUGCGGUUGUAACUCAAAACCGGUUAUCGAGUUGUAGGAAAACUAAGUUUAAUUUGUUCGCCGGGAUUUUCCUCUCCACCAUUCGGAAGUGGUAGGGGAUGGGGGUCUUAGACUUAUGAGUGGAUAUGCUUUAUAAGUGGCACCAAUCCCAUACGCAUCGUUUAGGGGAAACCUAAAGCCGUGUCCCUUAACUUUCGCACACGAGCACACGAACUUGAUAUGCCUAGAUAUGUCAACGUACAACGCAGCGGUAAAUCAAAAUCUAGGCGCCCUGCAUCGUUUCAAUUUCGAGCACGAGUAACAAGGAUCGGAAGGUCGGUAGCAAACCCGGGAUUAUCUGACAUGUUCAUCGAGAAAACUAAUUGGGUUUCAAUGGUUGGCAAGUCGUGUUUGGAAAGGCUUGUACCGCACGGAACGCACGCUCACCAGCCGCAGCCUGCGCCAUGUGCACAAGAUCCUGGAGGCUGUUCUGUGCUGCUCGGAAGCGGCAGCUAAUCGUGUCUUUUCAUCGUACCUUGCGAGCAUCUUCAGCUACAGUCCUGGUGGGAGAGUUUUAAUGGGCGAAUGGGUGAGGCAAGUUUUGGGGUUCCUUGUGUUCAAAUCCCCACAUAAGCCAUUUAGAAAGUUUUUUGAACGAAACGACGAUCUUUAUCUCAUGCGUUUAGAGACGAGCCUUCGGAUUGUGUGACAGUAACGAGCAAAUGAGUCCAUGUUGUUAGAUAAAUCAUGUCACGCUUCGGUAUGGCGGAGUUUAGUACCGAAACAUAAUUCUCGUACAUCCACAUAUCAAACAGAGGGUGAGUCGCUUUUGAUCUUGCAGCUCUUUGUUUUAAAUGUUUUACUCAUCUGCUUCAUCUAAACAAUGGAUUCCGGAGUAAGCAUAACCCUUGCUACGAUUCAAUAAUGCACCAAGACUUCAAACGAGUUGCCAACGACCUUCCUUCCGAGAAACGCCAGUCGGUAAAAACCGUUUCCUAAGCUUCGCUUGCUAGACUCGUGAUAAAAGUUAAUCUCCGGGAUCGUGAAACAGGCACGUGAAUUCAUUACGUACGGUCAACUACCAUUUUUAUGACCGCCAGUCAUAAGGGUUCGCAAACAACCUGAACCCCGGGAAAUUCUCUACUCAUGCUUUGGGCAAAUAGUACCGGUUAAAGAUGCUUUUACUAGACAUUGAGCGAGCUUUUGAUGUGUUUUAAAGACGCUUAUAAAGCUGUAAAGUAAUGACAUUCUUAUCCUUCCAACAAGCUUUCUGAUGAAGGUCUUUGUGCUCGCUUUUUUUCAGGAUCUCAAUAACGGACGUAUCAUUAAGUAAAAUAUUAAUAAUCUGAUGCGGACCCAAAUCUCAACUACUGGCCAUUUGUGCACAACUCGGGAUAUGCAAGCAACGCUUCUUCCGUCCUUAUUAAUGAAAUGUGCAUCAAAGAAUAUUAUGGUUCACAUUUUAAAAAGGCGGCAUUCAUUAGCCCAGAACAAGCUGAUCAUGUCUUAUAGAAUCCCCGAUUCUUCCCGGUUAACACCUGAUAAACCGGGUUGAAGGCGUUUGGGCCAGACAUUUGUCAACACAGGACAACAUCUUUUAAAGCAGUUCUAAUACCUACCCUACCUGACGUGCGGUGUAGUCGAAUUGUCCAUUCGAUGCCUUAUCAAAGCAAGCAUUAUCACGAGCGUCGUUGGGGUCCUUUUUUCGAGGAACCGGUCAACGUGACUUCCGGGGCGGCCUUGCAGGUUGGAUAUCAUUUAUCAACGGAGGCCAUCCUCAACUGUAGGGUAGGAAUGCUUAAAGAUAAAACGGUGAUGUGGAUCCGAAGAAUCACCGAUAAGGUGUCGUUACUCACCGUGGGCAACAAUACAUACAGCGGGGACCCGAGGAUAAAGGUCAAAUUUCAAUAUCCCAACAAUUGGAGGCUACAUAUCAACCCGAUCAAGUCCGACGACGCUGGCCUGUACAUGUGCCAGGUGUCGACGCACCCUCCGCGGGUGUUUGCAACGAAUCUGACCGUCUUGGAACCCGCCGUAAGAAUAGUGGAUGAGAUGGGCUACGAGUUCUUCGACCGUUACUACAAGCUGGGCAGCACGAUCGAGAUAUCGUGCCAAGUGUCGACGUCGUAUCUGGCGAGUCUUCCGCCCAACUCCAAGCAACGCUCGAAGGCUUCCGUCGGUCCUCAAGCGAACGCAUUCGACGAGGCAUCGAAACAAGGCACCAAAACCACCAAGGACGAUAGCAAACUGUCGGAUUCGACGGAAAGAGGGUUGAUUAGCUGGACCAAGGAUGGCGCCGAGCUGCCGAAGAAUGUCAAGAUGAGUUUUAGUGGCACCAAGCAGUGGCUCAUCAGCCGGAUAUCGAUUCUGCAGGCAAAUCGUGUCCACAAUGGCGUCUACAACUGCACCGUAGCCGGCAAGCAGAGUCGAUCCGCCCAGGUGCAGGUUCUGAACGGUGAAACUCCGGCCGCUGUUCAGCAUAAUUUUGGGCAUCGCAAAGAGGCAUCGGGUCUGUUGGGCGUCCGUUCCACGCUGGUGGCAAUAAGCUGGUGCGCACUGCUGAAGCUGAGCUGGUUGUGGCUAAGCGGUUCACUGGUUUGUGUUUAAUAAAUCGUUACCGACUCAGUGAUCAACAAGGCUUAUUGGAAUAAGUAAAAAA